CCCCGUCGCUGAGCGCACCCCCCCCCCGCCCCCGACUGUGGGAAGGGGCCGGGCCAGCCUCCUGACGUCUGUGCGGGGCUCGGAAGAUGGCUGCGGAGCCCAGCACGGGGCAGUGGCUGCGGCGGUGGUGGCGGCGGGCGGGGAGCGCGGCGGACGGGGGCUCCGCCUUGCGCGUGGGGCGCUGAGCGGAGAGGCGCGGAGGAGGCGAGGGCGCACGGGGGACUUGGGGGACAGCUCGGCGUUGCCCUUCUGCCACCCGCCACACCAUGGGCAGCGCGGAGGACGCAGUCAAAGAGAAACUGCUGUGGAACGUAAAGAAGGAGGUGAAGCAAAUCAUGGAGGAAGCUGUCACCAGGAAGUUUGUGCAUGAAGAUAGCAGCCACAUCAUUGCUCUGUGUGGUGCAGUGGAGGCUUGCCUGCUACAUCAGCUGAGACGCCGUGCUGCCGGCUUCCUGCGCAGUGACAAGAUGGCAGCCCUAUUCACCAAGGUGGGGAAGACAUGCCCAGUGGCUGGGGAGAUUUGCCACAAGGUACAAGAGCUACAGCAACAAGUAGAGGGCAGGAAACCCUCAGCGGGCAACCAGGAUGCCCUGCGGAGACAGGGCUCUGCCAGCGGGAAGGCCCCGGCUCUCAGCCUACAGGCCUUAAAACACAUAUGGGUACGCACAGCGCUCAUCGAGAAAGUGUUGGACAGGGUCAUGCAGUACCUCGUGGAAAACUGCAGCAAGUACUACGAGAAGGAAGCGUUACUGGCAGAUCCUGUAUUUGGCCCCAUCUUGGCCUCUCUUCUAGUGGGACCUUGUGCCUUGGAGUACACCAAGCUCAAGACUGCUGAUCACUACUGGACUGACCCCUCUGCUGAUGAGCUAGUCCAGAGGCACCGUAUCCGGGGUCCCCCUAAUCGCCAGGACUCCCCUGCAAAGCGCCCAGCCCUAGGAAUUCGGAAGCGGCACUCAAGUGGCAAUGCAUCAGAGGACAGGCUAGCUGCCUGUGCUCGCGAGUAUGUGGAGUCCCUGCACCAGAAUUCAAGAACACGGUUGCUCUACGGCAAGAACAACGUGCUAGUGCAGCCAAAGGAGGACAUGGAGGCUGUCCCUGGCUACCUCUCCCUGCACCAGUCCGCAGAGAGCCUAACUCUGAAAUGGACCCCCAACCAACUCAUGAACGGGACUCUGGGGGACUCCGAGCUGGAGAAAAGCGUUUACUGGGACUAUGCCCUGGUUGUGCCCUUCAGUCAGAUUGUCUGCAUCCACUGCCACCAGCAAAAGAGCGGCGGCACACUCGUGCUGGUGAGCCAGGAUGGCAUCCAGAGGCCGCCACUGCACUUCCCACAGGGAGGACACCUGCUGUCCUUUCUGUCCUGCCUGGAGAAUGGACUUCUGCCCCGAGGACAGCUGGAGCCCCCGCUCUGGACCCAGCAGGGGAAGGGGAAAGUGUUCCCCAAGCUACGGAAACGCAGCAGCGUGCGGACUGUGGAUGUGGAGGAGAUGGGCACCGGGAGGGCCACAGACUACGUGUUCCGGAUCAUUUACCCUGGCCACAGGCACGAGCACAUCACUAUUAACUACCACCACCUAGCGGCCAGCCGCGCGGCCUCGGUGGACGAUGAUGAGGAAGAGGAGGAUAAACUGCACGCGAUGCUCUCAAUGAUCUGCUCGCGGAACCUCACAGCUCCCAAUCCGAUGAAAGAUGCUGGUGACAUGAUUGAAAUGCAGGGCUUUGGGCCCAGCCUGCCAACCUGGCACCUGGAGGCCCUGUGCCGCCAGGGCCCCUCCUGCCUCUCCUGCUCCACCAGCAGCUCCCCAUAUGCAGCCCCCAGCCAUUGCAGCCGUGUCCCCGACCGGUUGCCCCUCAGGCUGCUGUGUGAGAGCAUGAAGAGGCAGAUUGUGUCCCGGGCCUUCUACGGCUGGCUGGCUUACUGCCGCCACCUGUCCACGGUGAGGACCCAUCUGUCAGCGCUCGUGCGUCACAGCAUCAUCCCGCCUGCCCGGCCCCCAGGAGCCUCCGGGGGCCUCACCAAGGACGUGUGGAGCAAGUAUCAGAAGGAUGAAAAGAACUACAAGGAGUUGGAGCUGCUACGGCAAGUUUACUAUGGAGGUGUGCAGCACGAGAUCCGUAAGGAUGUCUGGCCCUUUCUGCUUGGCCACUACAAGUUUGGCAUGAGCAAGAAGGAGAUGGAGCAGGUGGACUCAGCAGUGGCAGCAAGGUACAAGCGGGUGCUGGCAGAGUGGAAGGCCUGCGAGGUGGCAGUGAGGCAGCGGGAGAGGGACGCUCAGCCAGCCACACUCACCAAGUUCUCCUCGGGCAGCAGCAUCGACAGCCAUGUGCAGCGCCUCAUCCACCGAGAUUCCACCAUCAGCAAUGACGUAUUUCUCUCUGUGGAUGACCUGGAGCCCCCAAAGCCCCCAGGCGCUGAAGAUCCCAGACCCGAGCCUGAGCAGGAGCCGGAAGCAGGGCCCCCCGGCACCACCAUGGUGGAACAGCAGCAGUCAGUGGAGUUUGACUCUCCAGACUCAGGACUGCCAUCCUCUCGCAAUUACUCCGUGGCCUCGGGCAUCCAGUCGAGCAUAGACGAGGGGCAGAGCAUGGGCUUCGAGGAGGAGGACGAUGGCGGUGGGGAGGAAGGCUCCGACGGGCCGGUCCUGGCAGCCCGUGUUUUCUCCGAGCCCCAAGAUCCCACCCAGGAGAAGGCCUCGCGGGCUCGCGAGCUGGAGGCAGGGGAGGAGCUGGCGGCCGUGUGCGCUGCUGCCUACACUAUAGAAUUACUGGAUACUAUGGCCUUAAAUCUGCACCGCAUAGACAAGGAUGUGCAGCGAUGUGACCGCAAUUACUGGUACUUCACGCCCCCCAACCUGGAGAGGCUCAGAGACGUCAUGUGCAGCUACGUGUGGGAGCACCUGGACGUGGGCUAUGUGCAGGGCAUGUGCGACCUGCUGGCACCUCUCCUGGUCGUCCUCGAUGAUGAUCAGCUGGCCUACAGCUGUUUCAGCCACCUCAUGAAGAGGAUGAGCCAGAACUUCCCCAACGGGGGCGCCAUGGACACCCACUUUGCCAACAUGCGCUCCCUCAUCCAGAUCCUGGACUCAGAGCUGUUUGAGCUGAUGCAUCAGAAUGGAGACUACACCCACUUUUACUUCUGUUACCGCUGGUUCCUCCUGGAUUUUAAGAGAGAGCUGCUAUACGAGGACGUGUUUGCCGUGUGGGAAGUGAUCUGGGCGGCCCGGCACAUCUCAUCAGAGCACUUUGUCCUGUUCAUCGCCCUGGCCCUGGUAGAGGCCUACCGUGAGAUUAUCCGGGACAACAACAUGGACUUCACCGACAUCAUCAAGUUCUUCAAUGUUCUGUCUCCCCCAGAACGGGCUGAGCAUCACGAUGCCCAGGAGAUCCUGCAGAUUGCCCGGGACCUCGUCCACAAGGUGCAGAUGCUCAUAGAGAACAAGUGAGGGCUGUGGCCAGGAAGCGGCAGCUGACUGGAGCCUGGGCUCCGGGCCCCCGGCCCCCGCGGGCAGAGACGCAGGGCAGUGCAGCGGAGACUGCCCGAGCCCCGGCCAACCCUGCCUGCCCACCCGUGUUCCUAACAAAGUGUUUGUGAGCCUGGGAUCGGACUCUGGGCAGUGCUGGCCCUGCAGGGCAAGUCAGGGGCCUGGAUGCCCUCAGGCCAGGGAUGGGAUGGGAGAGGUUGGCCUCAGGGAGUGGCUCCCCUGGGGGACACCUACUCUGCUCCCCUCUCAAACACCUGGAAAUAGCCCCACUGUCACCUGCAGCCUCAGCCCAGACUGCUCCUCCUGGCCUCUCCUAGGUCAGCCUGGGGCCGUAUAGAUAUAACGGGCCGUAGUUGCCUGGCCCCACCUGGCAUGGGUCAUGUGGGCAAAGGGACUCUGUGCUGUAUCUCUUCUUUGAGUCCUCUUGCAGGCAUAGUGCAUAUGCCCACCGCAGCCCCAGUGGGGGCAGCCGGAACAGCUGCCGGUUCGGGCAUGUGUUCUGGGUGCAGGAGACCUUGAGGCAGUCAGAAGAUGCGGGCCCAGUGGGAGAAGCCCACCUCAGCAGCACUGCCACUGCCUUUGGCCACCUGGGGUGACCCCGUGCACUCCCCAGCCCGUACAGGGCACCUACGUGUACCUGUACAGUUUCACUCUCGCCACCUAGUUCUUGCUUUAUGCAUUAGAUGCCCCCCUGAAAAAUGACACUUUUGCCCACUGGAUGACCUGGAAACGCAGUGGGAGCAUUGCCCUUGAGAGGAAUCCCAGGGUGAUUCUUUAGGGAGGGAAUCCUGUGAUAGCCUCCUCUCAGGGACAGGCCCCAGAGCUUUAGGACAGCCCAUUGCCUGUCUCAGGCACCCACUGGGUCCCUCAGUCUGGUGGGGGGCGGGGGGGGGGGAGGGGAGGAUGCCUGGGUCAUCCCUGUUUGUCCCUGGUGAGGAGCAAGGCCAGCCCUGCCUGCCCCAUGCUCCUCAGGAUGCCAAGAAGCCUGGAGACCCGAAGCCCCCUGGAGGAGCCUCACUCAUAGAGAUGUCGGGAAGGGCCCAGCUCCUGAUCCCAGGCCUAAGCACACUGCUUGCUCUGUCAUCCCUACUUGCCACCCCCCCCCCCCAAACACAUAAGGCUAAGGCUCUGCCCUGGGGCCAUUCUGCCACAGGGGCCUGUCCAGCAGUCACUUAGGUCUGGAGACUCCCUGCCUUUGAGAAACAUGAAAAGGGCCCAGCGGCCCUUGGGCAUCCUGCAGUCUCCUCAACCCACCCCUGUCCUGGGCACUGCAUGGCCUAUCUGAGGGCCAGCUGCCCCAUUGCCUACCCUUGUCUGUGAAUCCUCAGCCUCCACCAAGCAUGGUGGCCAUUGUGUGCCUGCCUUAGUGACUCUGGUUUUGUGAGAAGCAGAGUGUAUAUGUUUUUUGGUUCAGAAACUGUGCUCUUCAGUGUUGUUAACAGACCAAUAAACACAGCAUUUGGCAAUC